UAUUGAUCAGACAGUCGUAAAACUGUUUUGGUGAUUUUAUCUGAUAGUUGUCAUGUAGGAAAUAUAUACAUUUUUCCUAAUGCGUUGAACGAAAUACCUAUAAAUUCUAGGAAUACUACGGAUAAAGGACAUUAUUCUGAAAAAGUGUCACGAAACUUGGUGAACUGUUAAACAGUUACAAUGACAAAUUACCAGAGAUAACAAGUCUUUUGGAUAUAUUACAAGAGCAUAAAACCAAAAAUACCAGUGAUAACGGAGACGUUACAGAUUCACAGGAAUUCAGAGUAACAAUAGAGCGAAUUGAAAACGUUUUGAAAGACUUCCAGAUGUUCCCACAAUGUGCAAAAGAUCCAGUCAAAGAUGUAAAGGACAGUCUAGAAGUUUUAGAGGAAAAUAUCAAAGUCGAAGGUGAUUUGAACACGAAUUCCGUCAGCAAACCACUUGCUAUCAAAAGGAGGGGCAGUAAACAUAAAACUAGUGUUCCAGCCACAAUACAGAUAAUAUGUAAACAAGAUGGGAAGUUAAUGAACGACAUACAAGCGGCUCUAGAAACUACAUUGAGGAGCAAUUUAGGAACUGUGACCUUCAUAUCCUUGAACGACAUUUCCAAAAUCGACGACAAAAAGAUGCUCAUCAUUCUAUGCAUUGUUGCGACAAGGAUUGCAUCAGAUGCAGCAUCUGCUAUGCAAGAUAUCAAAAAUCCAGCAAAUGCUGCCCUCGUAAUAAUAGACAUCGAUGAGGCACAUGAAUUGUCAAAUACACACAAUUUGACAGGAGACGCUUUCAAGAAUCUGCGUGGAAUUUAUGGAUUGUCCUUUAUGAAAAGUAACGGCAGCUUCCCCAACUGUGACAUGAAUGACAAAAGUAUCAAUGGACUAAGUUCGUUCUGCAAACAACAGCCAUACAGUGAAAAACUUUAAUAAAGAGAGAAAUGGGAACUUUAAGAAGUUGUUAAUAAAAAAGCAUAUGAUUUGCAUUGAAAACGUUUUCAAUAACAUGCAUAUUUUGUCCACGCAUUGACUUUCGUUAACAUUUUCUUAGACAACUUGAUGGAUGGAGUAGCAUAUAUCAUAAAAUUAAUUAAUAAUAAAGUUAAUGAAGUAAAGGAAGAUACUGACUUCACUGAACUACCUAGAUACAACUUUAUCCUUUAAUUGUAGAAACUGUUCUGAAUGUCAAACAAAGCAUGUAUUAAAUGUCUGCGUGUAUAUGGUAAAAUCAUACGGACUAAUGCAAAGUUUCCUUUGGUUUCAUAUAGGUAAUAUAUUUGGUUUUCACAUUCUAUGUGUUAUGAAUUAUAUUUAGUGUUGAACGUAGAUUUCAUAAGGAAUACAAAACUUCAUCAUAAUACAAUGUGCAAGUAUUUGUUUGUAUUUGACAUCAUGAUUAAAUCAUUAGUCGUAUUUAUUCAGAUAAAUAUUAUUCAUACCUGCUUAAGUCCUUUAUUACAACAAAAUCUUAGGGACAAAACCUUUUUACAUGAAACUUAUAUUCAAUAUGCAUAAUUAUAGCUGCAUCAAAACAUUUGAAAACUGCUUAAAAGGAACAAUUACAUAUCAGCCAAAUCAUAAUGAGGGAAAGACAAUCCUUCUUGAAUUUUAGUGUGUCUUUUGUAUUUGAUUUGUAACUUAUUUUUAUAAAGUAUCUAUACGUGUC